GAGAUUCAUUUAAAUUUUAAGAACUUUAAUAGCGCGUGUAGUGGGUUAGUGUAAUGUAUCAUCAUGAAGGGACACGUGGGAGAUAUUUUUUUGGGAACCCUUCACUCUCAAAUUCCAAUUGAAAAUUUGAACCCUAACCGUAUCUCAUGAAAUCUCCUCCAAUGAAUCGUUCGAUUCUCUAACCCUAGAAGAUUCCAUUUCUUCACUCGCAAUUUUCCGCCAUGGCUUCUGCUGAAGAUUCAGGAGCCCCGUCGUCGUUAGAGGUCGCCGAUUUGAACGACUCCAUAAGCCGCCUCAAAUUGAACCACUCUUCCGACGAACAUGCCGAUGAUGGUCCUCCGUCGUCCAGUGACGGUAACAACAACGUCUCUGAUGAUGUCAUCAAUCAAGUUGACCAGUUCCUUCUUGAUGCGGUUCAGAAACCCCGCGAACGCCUUUCCAUUUUGCGGAUGGAGCAGGAUGUUGUGAAGUUCAUUCAUGAUCCUAAUCAACAGCAGCUUGAAUUUCAGAAACUACCAACUUCCUAUUUGCGGUUGGCUGCACAUCGGGUGGCUCAGCAUUACUCGUUGCAGUCGAUGGUUUUAGUGGAUGAUAGUUUACCAGAUGGUUCUGGGUCGAUAAUUAUUGUCCACAAGACUUUUGGAUAUAAGCCUCCUCUUGUUCGUCUUGCAGACAUCCCUGUAAAGUUACCAUCAGAAGACAAUGCUCUCAAGAAGGUUGCAAUUAAACAGAGACCACAGAAGCAGUCUCUAGUUCUUAGUGAUACAGAUUCUAACUCAGCUAAGAAUCGAAACUCUAAAAGUGUAGAAGAGAGAACAGAGGAGUAUAGUAGGGCUCGGGCUAGGAUCUUUAGUUCAAGUGAUAAUGGUAGUACUAUGGCUGGGAAGCCAGGUUGCGAGUCAAGGAAGCAGGAUAACUCUUUACUUUGUUCCUUGGAUUUAUCUAGGGUUGAAGAUAAACCGGCUUCUGUGCCGGAUGUCAGUUCCAGUAGGGUGUUGGUUGAGUCUUCCACAACUAACAUCAGGGCUAGAAAUACGGCAGUGAAGGAAUCAGUUGGUAGGCCCAUGCAGAGUAGUAGGGUGGCUAUAUAUCGGGACCGUGAAGUUGACCGCAAGGAUCCUGAUUAUGACAGGAGCUAUGAAAGGUAUGUGCAACGACUUGACCCUGGAUUUGGGUUCAAUGGAGGAUCAUACACCAUGCAGCCGAUGUAUACAGCCGUGUCAAAUUACCACACUGAUUUUCCACAGCUUGGAUCCACUCAUGAACUUCAGCUUUUUACUGAACACCAUCCACAACCUCUUUUCCAGCACAUACCUGGGCCAUGGGCUCCACCAUUACCUACUGGAAUAGGAUAUGGAUAUCCAGAGGCCAUGUUACCAUUUAAUCCUAGACAAGUUGGUACAUGCUCUGCACCGGCUUUGUAUUUUCAUUCAUCUCAGUAUUCUUGUCACUGUCAUGGAAUGCCUUUUAUUCCCCAUGAACCUCUUCAUCAACCAUUUCUACAGUCUCAUCAACCACCACCUGAUGCAAAUUUUGGACUGGCCUGGCCCUGGUAAAGGGCAUGGGCUUUGCCUGCAACUGAUCAGCCUGGGACACAUGAUGUAAGCUGAUGGGCUGCUGCAGCUUAAAAAAUUUCUGUUAGCUGAUUUCAGUGCAGGCAUAUGGGCCUAGUUUGACUGGAAUGGAUUUGUAUAUUUCUGUAUGACCAUCAUUGAUCCUUUCCAUCAUUCUUGGUCUUCAAGGAUGCUUAUUGCAUCUUCCAUGUCUCUUGCGAACAUUUGUGAUUUCAGUUAAAAGCUUCUAGAGCACACACAGCACACAUUGCUCCUGAUGAUUAUGAGAAGUUACUUGAGGACUUAUCCAGAGCUGAAUAAGUUUGCUCUUGACUUGGACGAAGGUAUGCUUUGCUUGACCUAUCCUGUGGAAUACAGUUGUUCUUGUAGCUUGUCUGAGCAAUUAUUUCCUACUUAUGUAGAAGUUUAUAAUUUUCAUUUAUUAAAAUUGGAUAAAUGAAUAAUGUGAAUUCAGUCUGUAUUUUAAUAUAUUCAAACAUUCCAUCA